CUUUUGUGAUAUCACAUGGCACAGCCUCAGAGUCAACGGUGGGCGAUUAUUAAUUCAAAGAAGGAAUGUCAAGUUGACCUGGAGUUCACCACAGAGCACUACAACCCAGAGGAAGGCGAGGAACGUUUGGGGAAAUGUUCCGCUCAAGUGUUUUUCAAGAAUGAGAAACCCAGGCCCGCCAUCAAUGUCACCUGUACGCGGUUCAUGGAGAAGAGCAAAAGACAGCAAGAGGAUUACCUGCUCUACAAGCACAUGAAGCAGCUCAAAGACCCCUUGGAUGUCGUCAGCAUACCUGACAGUCAUGGACAUAUUGAUCCCUCGCUCAGACCCAUCUGGGACUUAGCUUUUCUUGGCAGCUCUUACGUGAUGUGGGAAAAGACAACGCAGUUCUUACACUACUACAUGGCACAGCUCAGCAGUGUGAAGCAGUGGAAAACAGAUGAGGAUGCCAUUGAUUUUGACUAUAUGGUCCUACUCCAUGAAUUCUCAACACAGGAAAUCAUUCCCUGUCGUAUUCACUUGGUCUGGCACCCGAGCAAACCCCUUAAAGUGAAGUACCACUGUCAGGGGCCGCAGGCACCAGAGGAAGCCUCUGGAAUUGAAGAAGGAUCAGCUGUGGCACCGACGACGGGACUGAUCAAUUACUGAAAAGGAAAGAAGACGACCUGCUAUCCCAAAUCCUAAACACAGUGACUGUACAAAGUAGCCUAAGUCAUUAUUCUAGUAAAAUAGCCAGUGUCUAAGGCAUCCUAAUAAUUCGGAAAGCCUGCGAUGCUCAACAAUGAAAAGAUACUGGGGUUUUUAAAAGAUAAUAUAUUUCAAUGAAAGCCAAUUGUAGGGAAAAUAUCUGUUUAAAAGGAAUUAUACUAUUUUUAUGCUUUUAAGCAGGUAUUCUUUUAUAACUUGAUAGCUACUUUUAAAUAAAUGUUUACAUUUCUAAAUCAACUGUGUUAAGUAUGUUUGUAGAGAUUUGUAGGCAAAUUCUGUGCUAAGAUGGAUUUAAGUGAACUCUUAAUAUUGUUUAAUUCAUAUUUUACAAAUAAAAAUAGAGCGUCUCACAGA